UCGAGCGCACCCAGCGGCACUCCCCGUCCGGCCGCUGGAGCCGAGUCCUGCCUGGGCCGAGGACAUGGCUGCUGCUUUCCCCGCUGGGGACUCAGACAGCAUCGAAGGGCACGUGGGAUCGACGCCGGAGCCGAGACACGCGAGCUGGCCGUGUACCAUGCGAGGAUGUGCCCGCGCCCUUGGUGACCUGCCUGCCCCUGGCCCCGCUGCCUGUCCCGCACGGCGCCAUGGGAGGAUGCUUCUCCAAGCCCAAACCAGUUGAAGUGAAAAUUGAAGUUGUGAUACCUGAGAAGGAGAGAAGCAAGGAGGAGAUGUCACCCAAUGGGAAAGCCAGCCCCCUGAUCUACAAAGUCAAUGGAACUGCCCGGCACUACCAUCUCGAGGAACAUCCAAUUGCCAGCAAUCCCUACCACAACGCAAAGGACAUGGUGGAAGCAUCUGUUUGCCAUGUGAAGGACCUGGAGAAUGGACAGAUGAGGGAAGUGGACCUGGGCUGCGGGAAGGCUCUGCUCAUCAAGGAGAGUGGUGAGUUCCACGCCGUGGGACACAAGUGUCCCCACUAUGGGGCUCCACUGGUCAAAGGGGUUUUGUCCAAAGGAAGAGUCCGCUGUCCCUGGCAUGGAGCUUGCUUCAACAUCGGCACAGGUGACAUUGAGGACUUUCCUGGCUUGGAUAGCUUACCCAGGUUUCAGGUGAAGAUUGAGAAGGAGAAGGUGUACAUCCGAGCAAGCAAGCAGGCUCUUCAGACACAGAAGAGGACAAAGAUGAUGGCAAAGUGCAUCUCCUUGAGCAAUUACAACCUGAGCAGUACCAACGUGCUGAUCAUUGGUGCAGGGGCAGCUGGGCUGGUCUGUGCAGAGACCUUGCGCCAGGAAGGUUUCUCUGACCGGAUUGUGAUGUGCACAAUGGACAGACACUUGCCCUACGACAGACCAAAGCUCAGUAAGUCAAUGGAUUCCCACCCUGAGCAGAUUGCCCUGCGCCCCAAGGAGUUCUUCUGCACCUAUGACAUCGAAGUCCUGACUGAAAUGCAGGUUGCGGCUGUGGAUAUCAAGAGCAAGAUAGCCGUGUUCAAAGAUGGGUUUAAGAUGGAAUACAACAAGCUGCUGAUAGCGACUGGAAACAUGCCUAAAGCUCUCAGCUGCAAAGGCAAGGAGAUGGAAAAUGUUUUCAACAUCCGGACGCCCGAAGAUGCCAACCGUGUGGUAAAGCUGGCCACGAGCAAGAACGUGGUUAUCGUGGGAGCAUCCUUCCUGGGGAUGGAGGUGGCUGCCUACCUCGCAGAGAGGGCCCACUCGGUGUCCCUGGUGGAGCUGGAGGAAGUCCCCUUCAAGAAGUUCUUUGGGGAGAGGGUUGGCCGUGCUGUCAUGAAGAUGUUCGAGAGCAACAGGGUGAAGUUCUACAUGCAGACAGAAGUGUCAGAGCUGCGGGAGCAGGAGGGGAAGCUCAAGGAGGUUGUGCUGAAGAGUGGGAAGGUCCUACGUGCCGACGUGUGUGUCGUUGGUGUUGGUGCAGUUCCAGCAACGGGCUUCCUCAAGCAAAGUGGCAUCAAUAUCGACUCCAAGGGCUUCAUUGUGGUCAACAAGAUGAUGCAGACCAACAUCCCCGGGGUCUUUGCUGCUGGAGACGCUGUCACGUUUCCAUUGGCCUUGAGGAAUAACAAGAAGGUGAACGUCCCCCACUGGCAGAUGGCCCACAUGCAUGGCCGUAUCGCUGCACUCAACAUGCUGGCCCAUGGCACAGAGAUCAGCACCAUCCCAUAUUUGUGGACUGCUAUGUUUGGGAAGAGCAUCCGGUAUGCGGGCCAUGCGGAAGGAUUCGAUGAUGUUGUCAUUCAGGGAGAUUUAGAUGAACUGAAGUUUGUGGCAUUUUACACCAAGAGCGAUGAGGUGGUGGCUGUGGCCAGCAUGAACUACGACCCGAUCGUCUCCAAGGUGGCUGAGGUCCUGGCUGCUGGCAGGACCAUCCGGAAGCGCGAUGUGGAGCUGUUUGUCCGUCAUGGCAAAACCGGAGACAUGUCCUGGCUAACAGGGAAAGGCUCCUAAUACUGCUGGUGGCUGUGCCGUCCUGAUGCUGCACUCGCUGUGGGGAGACAGGACAGCAGCUCCACAACCCGGUGGGAAACCCAAGGCUCAGCCAUUUCCCUUUGAAACUUGGAUGAACCCAUGCCUGACACUGUGCACUGACCUUUCCAGGAGGACCUCCCAUGGCACCUCUGCCCCGGUGCUUGCUGGGCUAGGGCUCUGUUAUUGCAAUUCCCGUGGGACUGGAAAAGCAGCCCUCAGAGACUGUGGGGUUUGGCCGUGGCAAUGGGCAUUGGUGCCACGUGGCUCCAGAUGCUGCCAUUGGGCUGAGGGUCUCCAGGCGGAUCUGCCCCAUGCACGUCCCUCACCUCUGUAAGCAGCAUGAGUGCCUUUGGGUGCUCCUGUGCUUUCAUGCAUGAUGCUCCUUCCCAAAUUCUCUUCGCUCCCAGCACAGUUCUGAUGUGCAUCCCCACAGAGCCUGACAUCUGCUCUCUCCUUGCUUGGCUGCAGGGUUUGCCACGGCUCUGCCUGUGCUCACCCACUCUAGGGGGCAUCUGGGUGGGCCAGGAGGUGGGGUCACACCAGGUGGUCUCUGUUCAGCCUGUGAUUGUGUGGUCCAGGCUGAUCCUGCCCAGUCUCCCCCGGCAGAGGUGGGUCCCUGCCCAUGGUGAGGGCUCUGGAGCUCAGUGGUCCCAUCCCAGCACCUGCAGCUCUUGGUCCAUCCCCAGGGUGUGGAGCGGGAGUCCCUGGAGAGCUGGGAAAGCAGCUCAGCUACAGCCUUGGACUUGGUGGCCACCCUUCCAGCCAGCCUUGGAAUGUCUCUCCUUGAUGACAUCAUGGGAUUGGUGCUGCUGCUGCUGAGGCGUUACUUGAGGAAAAGUAGCCGGAGGAGCCGUCCAUCGUCUAUCACUUGUCUGUCCUGUCGUCUAGUGACAAGGCUGCAUUUCUCAGCCCACCAUGCAAGUGCUCUGCUGUCCUGUCUCUUGCCCUUGCUGAAGAAGAGCUGUGUCUCCAGCUCGGGAGUGGACCUGGCCAGCCACAGCCCUGUGCCUGUCAACCCAACAGAGUGGGAGGGUGAGGAUCUCCUCAGAGAGCUUCCAGUGCUUUGUCCUGGGGGUGACUCCUUCCCCAGCAGUCAGUGUUUUACCCUGAGUCCAAAACAAGAGAAUUUAUAUUUUUAAUUUGAUUAGCCCCCUAUGAAUUAAAGCAAUACUAUUCUUGGGAUCUGGGUAAUUUCUGAUUCCUUCCAAGACCUUGGGUCAACUCUGCAGGUUCACCAGGGGAUUCAAGUACCUCUUCUCUGGAGGCUUCCCACCUGUGUCCAUCUCACCUGUUGUUUAUUUCCGGUCUUUCAGAUCUUGGCUGGAUAGAAAUGUCACCAGUGUCUGUCACAUCUCUGAUUUGUCUCUGGUUUCACUGCAAGGCUUUUCCCAGGCGGAAUGACCGGGGGGGAGGUAGGCGGGAUGUGCAGGCUCCAGCACACAGCAAUGAACAGGGACCAUUGUGUGUCUGCUGGAUCCACAGAAGAUGGACAUUUCCACUCUGCAGUGGUGUGGGAUGGUGUUGAACCUGGGAGCCCUUGUCCAGUGCCUUGGCAAAUGCUUCCCGGUGGUGAGCCUGUCCUGGAGCUGGGCAAGGCUGGGUUAUCUUCUCUGCCACCUCUUCAGGCACAUCUUGCAACCUCUCAUACCAGGACAGAAAGUUUCCAUCUCUUCUUACAAAACUGCCUGUUCCCAUGAGGAAUGAGAAUCCAGCUGGGGCACAGGCAGCUUGUUAGUGACCCCCAGCUGCAUUGCCCCAUCACAGUUACUUUCACCAGACUGCCGAGGUAUCUUCUUGGUUGCUCACCCUGCUUGCCUGUGCAGAUGUGAGCUCUCCAGCAGCUCCUGCUCCUUAGAUACUGGGCUGUGCCUGUUGCCCUGCCCAUGUCUUGCCCUGUGUGCUGGCAGGACCCCUGGCACGCCUGGGGCUUUGCCUCUACUCCACUCAGGUGAGAGCCCACCUGGAGUAUUGCAUCCAGCUCUGGGGUCCUCAGCAGAGGAUGGACAUGGAUCUGCUGGAGCAAGUCUAGAGGAGGCCAUAGAGAUGCUCUGAGGGCUGGAGCCCCUCUGCUCUGGAGCCAGGCUGGGAGAGCUGGAGGUUGUCUCCCUGGAGAAGA